UAACCAAUUGAAAAAGUACAUGGCGGCUUACAAUAGGCCACAUAAUGAUCACAUGCGUAUGACCAAAUAACAUGAGAUUCCAUUAUUCCAUAUUUGGUGCAACACAGUCACCAACCACUAUCAAACGCAAUUUCAUAAUUGUUCAACCAAAAUCUCACCCAACUCUCUCUCUCGUACAUAUAUAUACACAUACUAACAUAUAAGAGAGGCUAUACACGCUAAAUCACUCUUCUUACAUUACAUUGCUUUAUAUUUAUGAUGCCGGAACAAACGUACAUGUACGCCUAUGUAUCGCUGCCACACCAUGACCAGCGAGAACGCUACUCUCAGAAAUGUUAUCGGGACGGAAGACGGGUGGUGUUGGCAAGCUACGACUUGAUGGGAUCAGAGAGAUUCAGUUUCAAAGAGAAGCUUAGGAAGUCGAUGAAAGGAAUAAACGAGUCGGCCGAGCGAUGGGUUUCUGAAGUGCGUCAAGGUACGACCAAGAGACGUUUUGCGAUUAGAGUUUUAAGGACAAAACUUGGCUUCUAUUCUUGCUUCAUUCGUAGUGUUGGUUGUUUUACUCCUUGUGUGGGGCACAGAGAUAAUUUCAUGAAGUAAUUAAUCUAACCCUAAAGUAUUUACCAAUGUUGCUCUUCAUACAUGUACAUGUAAAUAUUUGAUUUCACACACACGCACACACACGUGUGUGUUUUCAUUGGAGAGUUUCGUGUGAAUAUUUCAAUGUCCCACAUUGAGAUUCAAGUUGGAGACUUUGUUGAGUGAAUUAAGGUUUGGAUAGGCUUACAGUUUAUGGUGUAUGGCAUAUAUGUAAUCAGAAAUCAAAACUAUAUUUUGGUAUUCCGAUGAUUUAUGAUCACUAUGAAUUGAUGCUCACAAAAUUCACAUAACCAUCCAAUAUUUUGUAAUUUAUUAGUUUGAAUUUUGGCUGAGAAUACUUGAUUAUCCAAGAAAAUGUAUGUCUUAUUUAAAUAUAAAAUUAAAUUUUCACCCCAAAAAAUAAAACUAAAAAAUACAAGUAUGUGAACAGUUUGUCUAUCCACAAUUAUAGACUAAAAAAGAAAGAAAAAAA